AUGUUCUCUCGUUUCUCCGUACUUUCUCUGUUGGCUGUACCAGCCGUGUUGAGCUUCUGCGUGCUUAGCGUACUCUCAGCGCCUACGGAUGCACAACUUGUGCGCCGUCAAGUUGGCAACCUACAAUGCAACCUCGAUAGGCUAGCGAUCGUCACCGCCCUUGGACAGACGAAGAAUGACGUGAACAGCCUCGCCUCUGCAGGUUCCAGUGAUUCGUCCGUUACCUCCGCAACCUCAGAUGCCCUCACAGGGAUCAACAGCGCACAAGAUGGGAUUGCUACCAUCGCAAAGGCAUUGAUUUCUGGACAGACUGCCCCCGCUGAUGCACGCGACCAGGUCGGUCAGGGCCUUACGACUGCACAGAAUGCGUUGAAUGGAAUCACUUCGACGGACCCUAACGUCACGUCGGCUCUCAGCAAGGCAACGGGUGAUUUGAACAAGGCUAUCACGGCAGGCCAGGGUGUCGUUUCGAACUGCAAGUGA